GUUUACUGACGCACUUGCUUUGGAUCUUCUUGACACCGCCCGCUGCUGCCACCACCCAAAGCAAAACGCAACGACCCAAGCGCGGAAAGAAAAACAACAAGAGCUCAGUUCAUGGCACACUAGCUACAAGGUGUGCCGGUAGGAUAGACUAGCUCCUUGUUCUACGAUACAACAAUAUAAAGAAGAAUCAAGUAAGCAAGCAAGCAAGAUGAGAUCGAUUGUGUUUUUUGUGUGUCUGAUACAAGCAGUGUCCAGCUUUACAGUACUAUCUACUGCUACCCAAAAUAAUAAUAAUGCAAGAUCGUUCCAUCUGUUAUUUGCUGCUGCCGAUGCGGAUUCGCAACGCCCUCGCAAUGAAUUUUGCCGGACGGUCCCUCCCGACAAGGUGCUGAAACUGGGUGGCAAGAAUCAGCAUCGCGAAGAACAACCGCAGUAUGGCGUGGAUAUUCAUGCGUCGAUGGAAGAAUGCGAAGCACUCGCCCAACGAUUCGAACUACCAAAAAUUGCCAGUUUGGGCGCGCACUUGUCAUUGUCACCCGAAGCAGGCAACAACAACAACGCGGUGGGUGGUGGCAGCAAGGGCAUGCUGGUGGGCGGAAUGGGAUAUGCGUCUGUGACGCGCAUUUGUGUUCGUACCAAUGAACCAUUUGACACCAAUCUCGAAUUUCCCAUUCAUUGUCUCGUUCGGCCCGUCGAGGGCAGCAACAGUAUGAUGGGACCAGCCGCCGCGUUUGCGGAACACAACCAAGUCAAACUGCAACGCGAAUCGUCAUCGCAACAGCGUCGUAAUAAUAAAAACAGCAGCAAGAGAAAGAAAACAAGUGACGAAGAUUUUCUGGAGGCUCUGGACCAAGAAGAGGAAGAAGAAGAGGACUUGAUUGAUCCUACGGAACUCUUGAAAAUGCAAUCCAUCAUGAGCAAUUUGGAUGGUGGUGACGAUGCCACGCUAGACGAUAUUCUCAUGGAAGACGAUGCCAUUUAUGCCACCAAUGGAAUGCUCGAUAUUGGAGAACUCACCGCACAACUGUUCUGGCUCGAUCUAGAUCCCUAUCCAAGAAAACCAGGAUCCGAAUUCCUACAAUUCUCCAUUUCGGGAUAAAUAUAUAUACUACGGUAUACAAAGAUAGAUAGAUGACGAGACGAAACGAAACGAACGAAGCAACGAACCAAUCUACUGUAGAAGUCUACUAGCUAGUAACUAGCUACAAUCAGCAAUAAUGGGAUGGCAGGAAGAUUCGAGGAGGUACUAAGAAAUCAUAGAUAGAUAGAUGAUCUCCUUGGGACUAUGGUCUUGCACUUGGUUUUUCUUGGCUGCCUCCAUUUGAUUUUUUACAGUAUCUGGAACCAAUAAUCAAUGUUCAAUAGUCAAACAAAAUGGCGGGCUAGUGCUGGUAGUAUAGUUCGAACGGAUCGACUUACAAUAGAUAUUAGUAAUAAUGUGGUUGACAAUUGUUU